AGGUUCAUCCAACAGAUGGCGCCCUGACAGCCUGCAGACUCCAGCAGCUCCACAUGUUCAGCCUCCACUUAACAGCUGACCCAUCAACAUCUGCAGCACAAGUCAAAGGUGGUGGGUUUGGUGGUGGGCCUGAGUGGAGUCUACCUGCUGAUGAGCUACAGGAACAGGAGUUUAUUUCUUUCUCAUGACUACAUCACCCUGCCAGCUAUGCUCGCUAUCGCCACCGCUGUCAUCCUAUUGGCCAGCGGAAUUCUUGGCUCCUGGCUGAGCCUCAAGGAAUCCAGAUUUAUGGAGGGACUGUUUGUUUAUCUGCUAGUUUUGGUCUUCUGCCUGGAAAGUACAGCUUCAGCAUUGGCUUAUUUCCACUCCACAACGCUGGAUUCAGAGACAGCUCCUCUCAGUGAGGUGUUUCAGAAUUACACGGGCAGGAGCCAGGAUCCCAACUCUCGAGCUGUGGAUGUAACACAAGAAGAGUUGCAGUGUUGUGGUGUCCAUGACUACAGGGACUGGCUAGAGACCUCCUGGUUUAACCGCACCGGAGGCCUCUGUGUUCCUCACAGCUGCUGCAACUCUUCUUUCGCCUCCUGCAAUGGCACAGUGAGCCAGCCGUGGCAGCUUUACACACAGGGCUGCCAGGUGAAGCUGGAGAAGAGUUUACAGGUUAUGCUGAGUUUCAUCAUCUGGGGCUUCCCGAUGGUUUUUGCGGUGGAGAUUGUUUUGUUUCUGACGAUGGCACAGCUGAUGAUGGACCGAUCUCUUGUGGAUUAUCAAGUACUGGACAAAAACUAAAGACACUGUUGCAGAUGGGACAGCACUGCUCUUCAAUACGUCUUACUAUAUUGUGUAAAUAUGUGAAAAUAAUAAUUCCUGAGCAGCAGGUAUCUCACUUGCCCAACUAACACUGAUUAAUACUCCAGUACACUAAAAAAUAUGACAUAAAAACAGUCAAAUAUAUUUUGUGUAUUUCAGUCUUUGUUAUUCCUGACACUGAAACGAUUACAAUGGUUGAUUGCUUUAAAUAUACUGUUGCACCAUUCAAUAAGUAGACUCAACAAUGCUGUAUGAUCCUGCUGAGUGGAUGUAAAAGGUCAAAUAAUUUUCAAUGUAUAAAAUCUUCCGUACAGGCCUGACUACCUGUACCUGGAUAUCUUUCAUUUGCUGCAGUGUAGCUCUGUUAAACAAAUCAUAAUCAUAUUCACAUCAUAUGUAAUAUGAUAUUUGUGUCUGGAUACAGUAUGGCAUUAUUCAUGAUUGUUGGUGAGUUAUUCUUGUUUACAUUGCAAUUGUGUUACUUUAUGUGUAACUGUUCUUAUAUUUGUCAAGAAUUGAGAAUUAAUUUCUAAAGGGACAUUAAACUUUACAUCUU